AAUUGUCGAGCAUAUGUACCCCUUCUGGUUAUUCGUGCAUCAUGAUUGUUGAUUAUCUUGUGCGAAUUACGGACGGGCAUCAACGAAUGCGAAUAUGUCUGGUUUUGCGCUUACCGCAUGGUAUAUAGUGUAAAAUAAUGUAAUUCACAUAAAUGUAAACGUUUAUUGUUAAUAUAGAUUGUGCUACAUGAAGGAUAUGAGGUAGCGACGUGAAAGAGAUUUAACUCGUUGGUGAAUGUCGGUCAUUUGAUACGAAUCAGCCUCAACAAAUGCGAAACAACUGUACUCGCGUUACCGAAUAUUUCAAAGUUGCACAUUAAUGGCGGAUGUUACUUAACAUUCUCGAGCAGCUAUGGUUAUGUGAAUAAUAUAGUAGCAGACAUUUUUGACACAUAUGACUGUCAUUCUACUUAUGUUAUUGCAAAUAAAAGUUGUUGGAUGUCAUUCAUAUUUUCUUAUGAGUGCUAAUCAAUAUGGCAGAACAGCAGCAAUCGCCUCCUGGUAUUAAACACAUGUCCUUGGAUAAAAUAAUUGAAGCUAUGACUGCAGAGCUGGAGAACUCAAGUAGUCCUUAUGUUCAAUUUGGCGUUACUCCACAGCAAGCGACCCCUCAUAAUUGGGGUGAUUUUGCUUCUGGUCAAACCAGACAUCAUAUUGCAGCUAACCAGCCAACACAUUCUAAUCCAUCUGGAAUGCAGCCACCAAUGACACCAAUGGCCACUUCUCUAUAUAUGCCAGAUAUGCCAGGAUAUGAUUCUGCAACCACCGAUUCAAUAUAUUUCCCACCACAGACAGUAAAUCAUUUAGGUAUUAAUGAGAAUAAUGAUCUCAUUGGUACAAUUGACGUUGGAGGUGGUAACUAUAUCAAUGUUAUUUAUGGGAAUGCUUCCCAAAUUAUGGCUGAGCAAUGUCAACUCUCAAACAUGGCACCUUAUGCCAAUCAGAGCAUUGUUAAUCAGGAAUAUGGUCUUUUUAACGAUCAACAUAUGUCUGUACCAUCAGAAUUGCCAAGCCAAAACUUCAAUGGAAAACAGUUGAUUGACAAUCUAGUUGGAAACUGGGUGCCAAAUCAAUCCGGAACAUAUAGUCCGUUUGGUGGGUCUCCCAAUAUUACACCUGUACCGCAAUCUGUACCGGACGUGAGAGAGGCCGAGGAACUACCUAGAAACAUGCCAGAUUCUCAAUAUAAGAAACCGAGAAUGGUGGCAGAGGUAAAACCUAUGCGACCAUCCUAUUCGGAUGUAUUGACGAAAUCUGCGCCAACUCCACCGUCUCCAUUAACAGUUCAGUCUAUGAAGCCGAAAAUCGAGACGACUGGCAAAAAGGUUUCUAAUAAGAGCUCCAAAGGUAAAAAUAAACCUGCGCUAUUAAAGCGGCAGAAUUCUUCUGGCAGCGACGAUCACAACUCACCGAAGAUACAGAUACCUAGAAAAGUUUUAGAGAAGAAUUCCUCUAAUCUUCCAAGACGUUGGGUGUCAUUAGAUAACCUAGGUUCGCAAUCGGAUUCUCGUCAGAUAAACACUUUCGACAGAUCCGAUCACUUUGAAAAGAAAAAAACUGUCAAACCCUCUAAGAAAGCUGAGAAAAAUGAAACUCUUAACAAUACCAAGAUACAAAACAGUAAUCCAAAAGCUGCUGGAAAUAUUCCGAAACGUCCGAUACAGAUAAACAACAACUUAAGUACAAUCAAUACUUCCAGUCAGACGGUCUCUCCGGAAAAGAUUGAGAAAAAUCAACAAGUUAUUAAUAAGUUUAGUAAAGAGGAGAAAAAAAUAGUUAAGGAGAAGAACCCUAAACGUUUUCAGGCCGAAAAGGCACAGCAAAUUAAGAAGGGACAGAGAAAUAGGAGAAGAGAAAAUAGAGAGUCUCCUGUAAAGGAUUUAUAUAAAAACUUAAAUAAAUAUGCAACACGUUGGAGUAAAGUUAUAUUGAAAAUUUUUUAUUGGUUGUUACAUCUCAUUUCUGACGUAGUUAGCAUGAGUGCUAAUCUCGUUGUACAGCUUGGUAAAUGGGCCUGGUACCAUAGCAUACUUUACUUGAAGGGUUGGUGGAUGUAUGUGGCUGUGACAUUUUGUAAAAUUCGUGUUUUAAAUGCCAUUGGCAAACAACUAGACAGCUGGUUUGGAACUAGUAAGUUUGCGUUUUGGAGAAAGAUAAAUACUAAAAACGAAGAGAAGGAAGAUAAUGGCAAUUGGAUUCACGGCGGGCUGGAAACUAAUAUUGCAUUACCCAGUACUGGUGAAGAAGCAAUGAAAAGGCUACUGGCUUGCAAAGGAAAAGAUCCGUAUAGCAUACUUGGCGUUACACCAACGUGUUCGGACGAUGAUAUCAAGAAAUACUAUAAAAGGCAAGCUUUCCUAGUACAUCCGGAUAAAAAUAAUCAACCAGGAGCUGAAGAGGCAUUCAAAAUUCUAGUACGUGCCUUCGAAAUCAUCGGAGAACCGGAACGAAGACAAGCGUUUGAUCAGACGAGACAAGUUGAAGCAGCUUGGGGCGAGCUUAGUGAUUUGUUGUCUCAGUUACAUCGAAAGAUGGAACAGGCGGCAAAUACUAUAAGAUGUACAAAUUGCGGCUCGAGACACAAACGUAUUCCUACACAACGUCCUUGUUAUGCCGCACGGUUUUGCGCCCAAUGUAAAAUACGUCACAGUGCAAAAGAAGGAGAUAUCUGGGCGGAGUCUCGUUUAAUGGGUUUUCGGUGGCACUAUUACGCGUGCAUGGAAGGGGCAGUGUAUGACGUGACUGAGUGGGCGGCUUGCCAAGCUGGGAAUCUCAAGCAUCUUAAAGCAAACACGCAUAGCGUUCAGUAUAGAAUCGUCUUAGGGCAAAGAUUACCAUCUCAAACAUCCAAUAGUGGUAAAAAGCGGCAGCAAAUAGAUCCAAAUACAAGUGAAGCAGAUAUUGAGGACUUUCUGAAUAAUCUCUACAAUCAUAGCAAAUCGGGCAGUGCUAAUACAUCAGGGGAUCAAAACUCUUUUAGAGGAGAUUGCAGACGACGUAAGACUAAACGUAAGAAGUAGAUAAGUAAUUAAUUAAGCAAACAACUUUUGAGCGUUCGGUACGAACAUUGUAUGAUUAAAAAGGAUACAAAAUAAGAUACAUUAUUAUACAAUUUCUUGAAUUUACAUUAUCCUUAAGUCAGAUUAACUUUAGAAUAUAGAUAUAUAUUACAAAUAUUCAGCGAUGUGCGACUGGUGCGCGAUAUGAGAUUAUGAGAAAUUGUGUUCACAAGUAGCGUGCAGAAAUCAUCAUUGCAUAAAAUAAAAUCAUAGUUUGCAACAUUAUGAAGCUUGAGAAGGAUAGGAGAGUAUCAUAUUAAUAACAUGCAAUGACAACAAAUUCUAUAAACGAAUUAUUCAUUUUCGUAUUCAGAGUAGUAAUAUAUCAGUCAAUAUAUUUUGCCAGUUUAAAAUAAUAAAAACACGUUAAUUUUGUGGGCUAUAAAACGACACGUAAAGAUGCCAAAUAAUGAUUGUAGGAACAAAUAAUUUGAAUUUUAUUGCGAAGUUAUAUUUGAGCAAUGAAGUUUUGAUAUGCAUAUUGAGACAGUUUGUAUCUACCCGGUGCAAUUCGUGUUGUAACUUCAUGCAUGUUCUUCCAAAAUAAAAUAAAAAAUACAACAAAGUAGAACCAGCUUAUAGAUUUUCCUGUAUAGUUCAAUCAUACAACUCGCAGUUCUAAACUGGAAAGAAUUGGCAAAUAUGGAAAAAGACUGAUUUUUUCUCAUUCUGUUACUUAUAAGUUACAUAUUAUGUAUUAGUUAGAGAAACAAUUUUAAUGAAAUAUUCUGCUAUGUGUGGAAAUAGUGAAUCCUUUAGGUGAAAAUUAGUGUCAGUGAAUCCCAUUCUCUUGAUAUUUAUAUGUGUAUGCUUCUCAUAUGUAAUACAAAGCUGUAGGACGGAAGAAUCAUUAUAUAUGUACAUGUAUGCAAUGUUACAUUAUACGGAAGCUGCACUGUCAAAUGUAGAGAAAAGAAGAAAUUAGAAUUUGUUAUUAGGACAAGAUGUAAAUUAUAAUAAAAUCACAUAUACAAAUAAUCUCAUAAAUAGUGCAGCAAGAAUAGGAAGAGUAAAAUUGAUAUUAGCAUAGCUAAUAUUGUCUACUAUCAAUAAUCAAUAUUGUGUAUGUGUACAUUAAUAU